UAUCAGUUUGUUGACAAACAGGUGAAAAUUUUCCCGAAAUCGGGGCGGAUUUCCUCGUAUUCGCGAUUUUUGUGUGAUUAUCGUUCGCCGAGACCGUUUCCGGUGUCCGUCUGCCUUCCGAUGCGCAUUACAACCUCUCCGGGUGAGCAGCAGCGUGAGCAAAACCGAAGCAGCAGCGUUUUCUGUCGGGGCAAUUCGCUAGGGAUGGCUCCGGCGAAGUUAAACUACCGGAUUUCGGUAGGGACAUUCUUUGCCAAGUCGCAUCCCAGUGAUGAGUGUUGCGGAAGCAAUGGGCUUCCGUUGACACCGAAUUCGAUUGGGAUUUAUGGGAGGGCGCAGCUUUUAAAGUCGGAUGGGAUGCGACAUGAGAAUUUAUGUGAGUAUCUGGAUGUGGUCCGAGGAAAACAUGAAAGGACCAUUGUGGUGCAGGAGUAUGCUGGGAAUCCGUUGACUGAGACUUUCAUUGGGGAAAAUAAUAAACAUGAAACGCUGCUCCGGAUUGCGUUUCAGGUUUUGAGAGCCCUGACUCAUUUAAACGAGCUAGGGUUGAUUUGCCGGAAUUUGGAACCGGUUAACAUUCUUAUAAGUAGAGAUUUUUGCGUAAAGUUGUACAACUAUGGGUUGUAUUACAUGACACAAGGUGGCAAAUACGUAUCAUUUCCGAUUGGGAAUUUGAAAUAUCUCGGACCGGAAGUUGUUUUGGGCUCCCGCGAAAACGUCAAAAGCGACGUUUGGUCCCUCGGGAUUAUUCUGGCCGAGCUAGCGUUAGGUUGUAAAUUUUGGAACGGCCCAAAACUGGCACAAAUCACCCGAAAAAUUCUUGCUCUCUCAACGGCUGGUGAUGUUUUUGAGAAACUUGCCAGAGAACACCAACAGAUGGAAGCGUACCAGGUUCUGGAACCGGCUCUUCGACGCAUCAUCGAAGAAUGUUUAAAAGUAAAGACGAGCCAACGACCUCAGCCGAAGGAAUUGUUGGAAGAUGCGGCGUUUGAUUUUCUUCGGGAAGAACAGUUUGGCGUGGCUGAUCCAGCUGGAAUGACCUUACUGGAGAAGCACUGUGGCAAUUUGGCAGAGAUUUACUACCUCUGGCAGCUGGCCGGAGGAGAUGUCCAUCAGGAGCUCAAGAAGGAAGGACUGAUCAAAAGCGAGGCACCGAUUCUGUCCCUACCAAAUUUGGUACUCUUAAAUGGCAAAUCGAUUUCACCACCAAAAAGCCAAAGCUUCCUACACGAUGGUCGAACAAUAUUCCUAAACUUUAACAUCCUACUAGAGCGUUUGUCCAAAAUACCGGAGGAAGACUAUCUUCCCCUCAUCUACACUACCAAUGCGUAUCUCGAAUCUCCCGUUUUCAAAACGGAACUGCCGCUGGUCAUUCGAGAAAAGGACACAGUUUACCAAUUUCACCGAAUUAUGUUGCUGAAAACGCUCCUCCAAGGCUAUCCCUAUACCCAAGAUCUACUCAAAUCAUUCGCCAGCAAGGACAUUCCACCUCCUUUCCGAGGACACGUGUGGGCUUGUCUCCUGGGAGUAGUAGAAGGCAAUGGCCUCUACGAACAGCUCGACAAGUGUAGCCCAACUCUAACGGAUCGUCAAAUCGAGGUGGACAUUCCACGAUGUCACCAGUACAACGAACUCCUGUCCUCACCCGAAGGACACUCCAAACUCAAGCGGCUGUUGAAAGCCUGGGUCACAGCCCAUCCCCAGUACGUCUACUGGCAAGGCCUCGACUCUCUGACUGCUCCAUUCCUGUAUCUGAACUUCAACAACGAAGAACGCGCCUUUCUCAGUCUGUACAAGUUCAUUCCGAAGUAUUUGCACCUCUUCUUUCUGAAGGAUAACUCGUCAAUCAUCAAGGAGUAUUUGGUGAAAUUCUUUCAACUUAUUUUCUUCCACGAACCUGUUCUUGCUAAACAUUUGCAUGGAAUUAGCUUCAUUCCUGAGCUGUACGCCAUCCCGUGGUUUUUAACGAUGUUCAGCCAUGUGUUCCCGUUACAUAAAAUAUUCCACCUGUGGGAUAAACUUAUCCUAGGCGAUAAUUCCUAUCCUCUGUUCAUCGGGAUCGCUAUCCUGAAGCAGCUUAAGAACACGCUGUUGAAGUCCGGAUUCAAUGAGUGUAUUUUGCUGUUCAGUGAUUUGCCGGAUAUAGUGAUGGAAACGUGUGUUAAUGAUUCGGAAACGAUGUACCAGUUUACGCCGAAGAGCGUUACCUACCGGAAGUACGCGCUGCACGAAGACGAACCGGGAGAGUUUGACCUCAAAUACACCGAGGAAGACCACAAGGAUGUUCAGCAGGAACUGUACCCUCGGUUGAGCGUCUAUGACCUGAUCCGGCUGCUCCGGGAUCGACCCUCUAGUAUCGCCAUUCUGGAUCUACGCAGCAACCUGGAGCACAAAAAGGUCUCGAUCGAAAACAGCGUCAACAUUCCGUUCAGUUCCGUCUCGCUCAAGGACUGCCGCCUAGAUAUGCUGAACGUCAGCAAGUUGGAGCCGUAUCUGCGCAAGAAGAUCGUCGUGGUAGUGAGCACGUCCCACGAAAGUGCACUGCUGUUUGCCAAAUUUCUAGUCGAUUGUCACGUUUCGUACGUUAGCGUGCUGAAUCGGGGCUUCGAUGCCGUCUAUCGACCGGAGGAUAAGCUGUUGCUGCAGACUUUCGAUUACAUUAAUACUCUGGCUAGAAAUGUACCGAACAUCUCGAAAUUCGUUGAAUCCUAACCCGUGCAAUCGUUUGUUACUAUUGACUGUUUUGUAAGUGUACCAGUUUGAGAUCUUAUUAUGUUUCGUAAUAUAUGACUUAUAUGUGUUUAUUUGAAGAA